AUGGCAUACCAGUUGCGUGAUGUGGAUAAUCGAUUACAUAGAAUUCAUGCUGAUACAGCUCAGGAAGUUAAUGGGAUUCAAAAUUACGCAACAAGUCGCGCUACAACCGAAGCAGUUGAUGCAUAUGAAAGAGCGCUUAUGAAUCGCACAUCACAUCUAAAGAGUAAUGUCAAUGGUCAACUAGACAAUCUUCAAGAAAGCAUUUUUAGUAGACGACCAUCGUCCAGUGACAUUAGUUAUGAACAAAAACGUGAACAGUAUCAUCAGUUACUUGUUCAUGCUAACAGUGGAAUAAAAGCUUUCGUCAACAUACCCAUGGCUGACAAUAGUUCAUCCAAAUCGAACGAGAAACACUCAGUCAAAAGUCGCAUCCGAAACUUUUUUGGGGUAGCGGAGUCAAAUCAUUCUGAGCCAAAUACAACGCAAAGAUCUGAACAACGAUCUAUACCUGCACAUGUCGAAAAUACCGGAGGUGCCGGUGCUCAUGGCACUCAAACCCAAACGCUUACAUUGACUGAGCAAGUUCAACAACGCAUGCCUACUUUGAUCUUGAAGUUAAAGGCAAAAUAUGAAGAGGAACUCAAAGGAAAAUCUGAGCAAGUACAAGAAGAAUUUUUGAAGCAGCAUAUUGAUGCUUUUCGAACUAUGAUUUUUCGCAACAUUGACGAAUUUCAAUCGCUGGUAUUGAGCGCUCGCCCCCCAGCAAGUGCUGUUAACGAUCCAAACUAUGAAGAACAGAAGCAAAUUUAUUGUGAAUUAUUGAAAGCUGCCACAGGAUUGAUGUCGAAUAUGCAAGAAACGCUCAAUACGGUGUUGACGCAAUAUCGUUUAUUCAUUGAUGAUUUAUGGGAAGCGAUUUGUUCUGGUAAAGAUCCAAACCCAAUUGCCACUCGAUUCCAACAGCAGACAGACGCUUACAUAAAAAAGGCAUGGGAUCCUGUAUUUGCUCAAGCAGAUAAAAUGAUGCAAGAAAUUGAGAAUUCGAGAAAUUCUCAACCUAAUAAAUAA